ACAUCUCUCUUUUUCUUCAUCUCUUCAAGCCUUUCCAUCAAUAACACAAAUCUUCCGCUACAUUACUUGACCACUCUCUUCAUCCCUUUUACACUCACAAGCAUCAAAAUGUCUGCCCCCAACGCCGGCCGUCAGUCCCCUCCCCCGGAGCGCCAGAGCGCUGCUCAGCUCAACGAGGUCCCCGCCAGCGGCAAGGCCGCUGCUGCCCCCUCGGCCGAGCACGCCAAGCAGACCAGCGAGCAGACCAAGGAGGGUUUGAGCAGCAACCCCACUGCCCCUCUUGACCAGGCCGCCGAGGCCAAGACCAGCAAAGAAGGUCGCGGUCCUGGCAUCUAAACUGCCCAAAAUCAGUUUUUCUCCACACCUUUUCU